GUUUUCUGGAAGUCGCUCUUCAUCAUAACAUUUGUUAGAUUUAUUUAAUGUGCAGUAACACAUGAAAGAUAUCUUACCCAUUUACACGCUGGGUUUAGUAAAUUAAUCAACAUUAAAUUUAAACAAGCUUCAUAUGGAACAUCGGGCCCGUAAACGCAUACGUGAAGCAAAGUCAAAAGCAAGACCAGAAUUAUAUAAAGAAGUAAAUGGCUGGUAUGCACAUAACUAUGUAGAAACUUUUGAUCUGCGCAAGGAAACUGUCUUAGACAAUGUUGAAAGAGUUGAUGCCACAGAUAUAACAGUAGCGGAAUUUCAGGAAAAAUUUGAGAAAACCUACACACCUGUUGUUCUUACAAACUGUCAAAAAGACUGGGCAGCCACUUAUAAAUGGAACCCACGACGAUUGGCUAAAAAAUACAGAAAUCAGCGAUUCAAGUGUGGUGAGGAUGACAAUGGAUAUUCAGUAAAGAUCAAAUUAAAAUAUUUUGAGGAAUACAUGAGGCACAACAAGGAUGACAGUCCUCUGUAUAUAUUUGACAGCAACUACGGAGAGCAUCCGAAGCGUAGAAAACUUUUAGAAGAUUAUGAAGUGCCAACAUUUUUCAGGGAUGAUUUAUUUAAAUAUGCUGGUGAACAGAGACGUCCUCCUUACAGAUGGUUUGUUAUGGGUCCAGCAAGGUCAGGAACAGGUAUUCACAUUGACCCCCUUGGGACUAGCGCAUGGAACGCUUUAGUGAUGGGACACAAAAGGUGGUGUCUGCUGCCAACCAACACACCUCGUGAACUCCUGAAAGUGACGUCAGAAAUAGGGGGUAGACAGAAAGACGAGGCUAUCACCUGGUUCACCCAUGUGUACCCAAAGAUUAAAAGUCCUUCGUGGCCAAAAGAAUACAAGCCGCUUGAGAUUCUCCAAAAACCUGGUGAAACUGUGUUUGUUCCUGGGGGCUGGUGGCAUGUGGUCAUCAACCUUGAUGACACAAUAGCUGUUACACAGAACUUCUGCAGUGUUAUCAACUUUCCUAUUGUAUGGCACAAAACUGUACGUGGCAGACCAAAGUUGUCCAAAAAGUGGAUCAGGGCAUUGAGGACAUUAAGACCCGAGGUGGCUGCCCUAGCCCAAAAAGUUGACUUAAGUCGGCCGACAGGUUUCAACUCAGACAGUUCCAGUUCAGCAUCUUCAUCAUCUAGUGACUCCAGCUCAGAGUCAGAAGAUAGUGAGAGUGAUUCUGAGUCUGAAUCUGUUAGCAAAUCAAAAAGAUCCAGACGCUCAAAAUCACGUUCCCGCACGCCUAACGGUGGAAGACAAACAGAAUUGACCACACCCUCACGCCAGCAUCAUGUAAGAUCAAGGUCCAAGUCCUUGUCCAGAUCUAACAUCUGUGUUGCUAAAGAGAGGGACAGGGGCAGCUUUCAGGACCAUAGAGAUAGCCGGAGUGUCUCCAGCACUCCAAAAAACUCGCGAUAACCUUUGUUGAUAAGCAGUAGUAGAUUCCUGGGCAUUGGGUGACAAUUUUGUUCCCUGUUUAUAUUUAGGUUUUUUGUUCAUUU